CCUUUUUCAUUUCUCAACUUUUGCUGUGGUGUCUCGGGACGACCGGACGUUCUAGUGCGCUCCGGAGACAAGAAAACGCUCGAAUAUUUGGCGCCUGUGGACCCUGCCUCCGUUGGAAGACGCUGUCAUGUGUCGCUUACUUCUCCUGGGCCUACUUUGCGCCGCGAUGUGCGGCACUACGCUCGGCAGCCCACUGAAAGAGACGGCCGAUUGCUCCGUGUCCAUUCUGGAUGGCUGCGGCAGAGCUUUCAUACCGUACGCCGACACUACAAGAAUGGCCGAGACUGAGCAGGAGUUGAAGGAACAGUGCGCGUUACACUUCAAGCAGUUGCGAUGUGCCCGGAACUUCACAACAAUGUGCGCCACGGGUUUGCCUCGAGUGGCCGCCGUGCUGGCGUUGGACGCUGCGGACGAAAACAUCGAGGCCGUCUGCACGCCACGCACUGAGCUGCAUACGAGUGAGUAG